GCCUGCGGUUCGCUGCGGUGCUGGGCCAGGGCUGCGGGGCCAGGGCUGGGCGCGCGGGCUCCGCGGCGCUGACCUGGGGAGGAGGCGCGCCUCCGCGGAGGCCGGCCCUGCAGGAGACUCCGUUUUCGCCCCCAAAAGUUCAUCUCGAGGGAGUAGCGACGGGGAGACGAGGAGCCGGGCGCGGCCGCUACGCUGCGCGUUUUUCCGGGGCGAGUCUGCCGGGUGGCCUGCGAGGCUCGGGGAAGAUGCUCCAGGUCCUGGUGCUGAAGAUCGAAGAUCCAAGUUGCUUCUGGGUUAUUAUAAAAGGACGUAGUCCCAUUUUAGAUAGUGAAGUUGACUAUCAAAAACUAAAUAGUGCCAUGAAUGACUUCUAUAACAGCAUGUGUCAGGAUUUAGAAAUGAAACCACUAAUGUUGGAAGAAGAGCAGGUUUGUGUGGUUUAUUGUGAGGAACUGAAGUGCUGGUGCAGGGCUGUAAUUAAGUCAAUAGUGUCUUCAGCAGACCAUUACCUCACAGAGUGUUUCCUUGUGGAUUUUGCCAAGUACAUUCCAGUGAAAUCCAAAAACAUCCGAGUUGCAGUAGAAACUUUUAUGCGGCUUCCCUACAGAGCAAAAAAAUUCAGACUAUACUGCACAAAACCUGUCACAUUGCACAUUGACUUCUGUGAAGACAGCACUGAGAUUGUACCUGCCAAGAAGUGGGACAGUGCAGCUAUUCGGUACUUUCAGAACAUCCUAAAAGCAGCUACCCAGGUGGAAGCCAAAUUGUGUGCUGUGGAAGAAGAUACUUUUGAGGUUUUCCUUUAUGUAACUACAAAAAAUGAAGAGGUUUGUGUUAACGAUGAUCUGGUUGCAAAGAACUUCGCUUGUUAUGUAUCACCCACGGAGAAUAAAAACCUUGAUUCUUUAGAGAAACCAAGAUUGAGUAUAAAGUCAGCAUCCUUUUCCAGUAAACUCAAUCCAGCACUUGCUCUUUGGCCAAUGUUUUUGCAAGGAAAAGAUUCUCAAAGGAUGGAAAGUGAUCAUGGUUUAACUUUUCUGGCAAAGUCUCUCCAGCAUCCGUGGCCCAAGGGUGUCGGUGACCUCGGGCCAACCGCUAGGAUCCUGGAUACAGCUAUAAAAUGUAAUAUGGAUUCAUUGAGAGAUUCACCCCAAAAAAAAUCAGAAAAGAAACAACAGUGCAUCUCCUUAAAAGAUGUAAAUAAGUGUGCUGAAUCUUCAGUGUAUUGGCCAAUGAAAAGAGGCAUAACCAUAUAUGCCGAUCCAGAUAUACCAGCAGCAAGUGCUUUAUGUCAGAAGUCAAAUGAGAAACCACUUAGAUUGGCUGAGAAGAAAGAAUACAAUGAGAAGAACGGCUGUGUGAAAUUAUUGCAGUUUCUAAAUCCUGAUCCUUUGAGAGCCGAUGGAAUCUCUGAUCUGCAGCAGUUGCAGAAGCUGAGGUCGGGCUCCCGGCUGCCCUUGGUCGUUCUGCGGACCAGGGUGGAGCCCUGCUUGUCCAUCAACACGGCGCCACUCUCGGCAGACCUGAAAAAGGCUCUUCAGAGAAAUAAGUUUCCGGGCCCCAGCCACACUGAAUCUUACUCUUGGCCUCCCAUAGCACGUGGCUGUGACGUGGUGGUCAUUUCUCAUUGUGGAAAUGACCCUUUGUUGUACCUUCCACCACUGCUUACGAUUUUGCAAACAGGGGGUUGCUACAAGUCAUUACCGAGUAGAAAUGGACCUCUGGCAGUCAUCGUGUGCCCUGGGUGGAAAAAGGCCCAGUUAAUUUUUGAAUUAUUGGGAGACUAUAGCGUGUCCUCCAGGCCUGUUCAUCCCGUGGUAUUAACAAUCGGACUCCACAAAGACGAAGCCAAAAAUAUGAAGCUUCCAAGGGGGUGCAAUGUAAUUGUUACAACACCACAUAGCCUCCUGAGACUUCUCAAAUAUCAAAGCUUGUUAUUUCUCAGACUCUGUCACCUGAUUUUGGAUGAGGUGGAAGUAUUAUUCUCUGAAGCUAAUGAACAAAUAUUUCCUAUAUUAGAUAACUUUAAAAAAAAUAUUGAAGUUGAAGAAAGAGAAUCUGCCCCACAUCAGAUUGUUGCAGUUGGAGUUCAUUGGAACAGACAUAUAGAGCAGUUAAUCAAAGAGUUCAUGAACGACCCCUACAUUGUGAUCACAGCCAUGGAGGAGGCUGCCCUCUAUGGCAGUGUCCAGCAGGUAGUACAUCUUUGCCUGGAAUGUGAAAAGACCUCUACUUUACUCCAAACGCUUGAUUUCGUUCCCAGUCAGGCACAAAAGACCUUGAUCUUCACCGGUUCUGUAGCUGAAACAGAAAUAGUGUGUAAGGUAGUAGAAAGCAGUUCCAUAUUUUGCUUGAAAAUGCAUAAAGAAAUGAUUUUUAAUUUAAAAAGUGUUUCAGAACAGUGGAAGAAGAAGUUAAGUUCUGGUUCUCACAUUGUAUUAGCCUUAACAGAUGAUUGCAUACCACUCUUGGCCAUCACCGAUGCCACGUGUGUGAUUCACUUCAGCUUUCCUUCCUCGCCAAAAAUUUUUGGUGGACGCCUGUAUUGCAUGUCUGAUCGUUUUCAGAGUGUAGCUGAACAGGGUUCUCCUGCAGAACAGGGAGAUAAAAAAACCAAAUCUGUAUUGCUGCUGACGGAGAGAAAUGCCUGCCACGCAGUUGGUGUCCUGCGCUACUUGGAGCGAGCAGAUACCAAGAUUCCUUCAGAGCUGUACGAGUUUACUGCAGGGGUUCUGGAAGCCAAAGAAGAUAAAAAAGCCAGAAGCCCUCUUUGUCCGUAUCUUAAGGCUUUUGGUUUUUGCAAAGACAAAAGGAUCUGUCCUGAUCGACACCAUGUUAAUCCAGAAGUAGACAUGCCAAGGAAGUUAUCCAACCAAACUCUACCAGUGUCUGGAUACAUAAAAAUAAUACCCUUUUAUAUUUUGAAUGCAACAAAUUACUUUGGUCGUAUAGUUGAUAAACAUGUGGAUCUUUAUGCAACUCUUACCGCUGAAAUGAAAGAGUAUUUUGAAGAUUCCAGUAAUAAAACAACUGUUGAAAAGGUGGAGAAAUUUGGAUUAUAUGGAUUAGCAGAAAAAGUAGUUUUCCACAGGGUUCAGGUGUUGGAGACGAGCCAGAAGGAGGACACAUGGGCCCUGGAUAAUGUCCUCGUGAAGUUCAUAGAUGAAGGCAGGACCGAACUCAUCGCAAGAGACCAGUUGCUUCACCUCCCAGAAAGUUUCCACACUCUGCCCCCGCAAGCUGUGGAGUUUAUCGUUUGUAGAGUGAAACCCGCGGACAAUGAAAUUGAAUGGAAUCCAAAGGUUACUAGGUACAUUCAUCAUAAAAUUAAUGGGAAACUGCAUGAUGCAAAAGUGAUGUUGGCUUUAGGAAAUACGGUUUGGAUUGAUCCAAUGGUGCACAUUACAAAACUUUCAAACUUGAAAACUUCUGUCAUUGAUUAUAAUGUUCGAGCUGAAAUUUUGUCAACGGGAAUGGGCAUUGAUAACUCAGAGCAUGUAGAACAGCUGAAAAAAUUAUACAAAGGAGCUAAAGUGCCAACUUUUGAAGAAAGCGUGAGCCAGACCCCGAUGCCUUCUUCCACAGAAGAAGCUGCUUGUCUGCAGAGCACACAGCGAGAGGACAAGGGCUCAGAGAGAGGUGCUGACUCCCAGACACACUCAGAAAGCCCAGCACACGAAACUUUACCUGAAAACACUGGAGAUGCUUCCAUUAACAGAACUACAGAGCCUCUGAAAAGCUUCCACCCACAAAUAAAAUGGUUCCAAAAAGAGGAUGUGGUCAUAUUGAAGAUAAGCAUAAGGAAUGUAAAAGAUUACAAAUGUAAAUACUUUAGAGAUAGAGUUGUUUUCAGUGCCUGGGUGGGAGAGAAAUUUUACUUGGCUGAUUUGGAGCUGCAGGCCAACAUAAUAAAAGAUGAUUGCAAAUGCAUAGUGAAAAAUGAUGAACCAAUAAUCACUCUUCCGAAAGAGAAAAAGGAGCCUUGGUGUGGCUUACUCAGACAGAGGAAUCCUAACGUGGCUUUUGAUUUUGAUCACUGGGAAGAAUGUGACGAGGAUAAGGAGGAUAGCCACUUCUCCAGGGUAAGGGGGGCUGUAAAUUCUAAAAACCCGUCCCGCAAAGUGGUAGAGUUGGUUGAGACCAGUGACAAAGCUUCAGAUGAAGACGAAAGCGAGAGUGAAUGAGAAUGUGAAUUAAAUCCUGCAGAGCGGCCAGAGGGCUCUGAACAGAAAGGGAUGAUGCUUCGUGACCGAAAGCGGAGAAGACAGGCAGUCACGUUCAGACCUUUUGUCACUUCAGGGAUCACGUAUUACUAAGUGCCACCUUGUGGCACUGGGAUUAGUAACGGUGAGGAAUUCUUAACUGAUUGAAAAAUGGGCCGAUGACGAGACUCUGGAAGGAAGGUGGGAGCAGAGACACAGCGAGCGCGGGGCUGCCCUGCCCGUCGCCUCUGGUGUGAAGCCCGCCUCAGCCCUCAGGUUGAGUGACGCCGCCGUGGCGUUCGGGUAAUGAACUGUACCAUCUGGAGUUCGUUUUUCAUUUUUUUCAUUUAGACCUGUGUUUGGUACAUUCUUAAAACCUGCUCUUGUGCAUAUAAAUUGAGAUUUCUUAAAAUUCAUACCCCACACUGCUUAACAGACCUUUUCAACCAUGAGUUAGUUGAGAUUCAAUGUUAACGGUCUGUGUACUAAUUCUCCUAGUGUUCUUUAGACAUUGAUAGCUACCCAGGGUAAGUUUACUUCUUGUGAAGAGAUAGUCCAAGGAUGAGAACGGGGUUGCCUCAGCAAUAGCAGCCUGACCCAGGGCUUUCUGGAGGUAAAGCUAGUGCUUCCGAAGAACCCUCGGAACCUGCAGAGUCCUGGACAAAUAGGACACAGGUUUCUCUCCAGUGGAAACUGAAAAGGUCAUGUGGGGUGCCUGGAGGUAACCCUCCGAAUACCUGGCUGUGGUGAGCCCUGAAAACAUUCAUGACGCCGUCCUGGCAUGAGGCUGCAGUGCCUUAAUAAGGUCACGAGGUUAUCAGGAAAUGUGUGUUGUCAUUGCCGCUUAAGUGGGGGAAUGCCCAGAGCCUGACUUUUCAUGGUAACUGGAAAAGUUAGACAGGCGAGCUAUUGGGAAAUUUACACCCUGUGCACUGCUGCAGUGUGGGUCUGGCGGCUUUGCCUAGAAGAGGGAAAGAGCAUUGGUAGGCUGUUGGAACUGCCCGCAAGAUCUUUCUUCUUUUUACACAUCAGAAAGCACAGGUGCCCAAGUCUGUGUAUGUCCCAGGUAGAAACCACCAGGUAUGUCCCAGGUAUUAAACGAGAGGUAAACUCUGUCGUCAAGCUGUCGUGUCCCGUGAGCAGGCGUGGAUCACCCUCUGGCUGUCAGUUUCCUCAUCUGUAAAAUAAGCCGUUCAGCUCCUUGUGGGGCCUCACCUGGCCUCGGGGGCCCGGAGCGCUGCUGGGCGGGGUCAGGCCGCUGCCCUCUGGUGGGAGGACGCGGCAUCCAGCUUGGACAGCUGCCAGGAGCGCAUCCUUGCUGCCGCCGUGACUCCCGUGGGUUGACUGGCAGGUGUCCGAUUGGCACAUGAAGUGUACGGGGAGUGAUUUUCCUUUUUCUUGGCUAAAUAGGGCAGGCUCUUUGGGAAGUGUGAAGUUCUGGUGUCUUUGCUGGCAAAGGUUCUGAUUCUGCGGAACUCUUAAUGGCCUCAUCCGGUUUACUUUGCUUCCACCGGGAAGGGCUUUGUUUGGGUCGGCGGCCAGGCCUCCUGAACUGCACUGGCUUUCCUUGAGAUUGUCGGCCACCUGCAGUGUGUGCUCGGUUGUAUUGUCUCUUUCGUAAAACAGCACACAAUAAUAGCAAGCAGUAGAGCUGCACAAAUGUGUGUGGUCUCAGAGAAGAUAUAAUACUGAUUCUCUCGUGUGGUUCACUGACAGCUAAAUGAAAGUAUUGGGCAGAGGAGGGUACAUGUUUAAAUGUCAGUUUCUUUUUUCAGACAUUUACAGUUAUUUGAAGUUCUGAAUAACAUUUUGUAAGACGUAGGACACUGGCUUGUGAAAUGUAAACAAUUACUAAUCGCUUUUUUUGUUCUCUACUAUUAGUAUGUACUGAUUGCACGUUUUGGGAAAUUUCUGAAAUGCAUGGUAAAAGUACUUUCGUCUCUAUGCUUCUAAAAUUGCUCACAUACUUAGUAAAUUUUGGUGUGAAUGUCUUCUGCAGUAUAUCAAUAAAAUUUCAGUGUUUUCACAGAAAUGUUACUUUUUUCCAUCUUUUUUAGACCGUAUUUUGUCAGGAAAAUCCAUGAGUGCCCAAUGCAAAAUAGAAUUUUAUACACCACACUUUCUGGUUUGACCAAAAUGCCAGUACAGGCUGUCAGGGAACCUGUGAUGCGGAGCCCCCUGUGGACACAGGCUGCAGAUGGUUCCGGACGGCCAGCUU